CUCUCGCCCCUCAUUGGCGGCGGAGAAAGAGGCGACAAAAUGGCGGCGGUGGCGGCGCGCGGGCGGCGCUUCAAGUGGGCGCUGGAGCUGGCGGCGGCGCCGGGGGGCAGGCCCCGCGGCGGCGCCGAGCCCCGCGGCCCCGUGGGCUACGCCGAGAAGCAGGUGCCGGACGGCGGCGUCCAGGAGACGGACCGGAUCCUGGUGGAGAAGCGGUGCUGGGACGUGGCGCUGGGGCCGCUGAAGCAGAUCCCCAUGAACCUCUUCAUCAUGUACAUGGCCGGCAACACCAUCUCCAUCUUCCCCGCCAUGAUGGUCUGCAUGAUGGGAUGGCGCCCGCUCCAGGCCCUGCUCUCCCUCGGCGCCACGCUGAAGGUGUUGGAGAGCUCGAGCCAGACGGCGCUGCAGGGCCUCGUCUUCCUGGUGGGCAACGGGCUGGGGCUGGCGCUGGCCCUCUACAAGUGCCAGGCCAUGGGGCUGCUGCCCACCCACGCCUCCGAUUGGCUGGCCUUCAUCGCCCCGCCCCAGCGCAUGGAGUUCUCCGGGGGGGGCCUGGUGCUGUGACCCCCCCCCCCUCCCCCCCCCCGGGGGCACCAAUAAAGGCGACAACGGCAGCAGG